AUGGCGGACGAGACAAGCGGAACGUUGCGCGGAAGCUGCGCGAUUUGUCAGAGCGCGUUCACGUCGGCCGGCAAAAUAUCGGCGCUCAAUUGCGGACACACAUUUCAUUUUUUGUGCGUCAAUCAAUGGCUUGCGGUGAAAAAAGAGUGUCCGAAUUGUCGGAAACGCGUCAAUGUCAAGACGGGUUUUAUCGAAAAGUUGUUCUUCGAUGUGCCCGGAUUUGAUGCAAACAACUCGACUAUUAAUUCGAUUGAUUAUGCAGCAAAGGCUGAGGAACUUGCUGCUGAGCUCGCUGUUGAGCAGAACGCUCAUCUGGAGACGAAGCGAAGUUGCGCGACACUUCGUGACACCGUCAAAUCGUUGGAGAAGAAGAUCAUGCGAGAGAAGGAGAAGUACAAUCGAGAGGUGCCGACGCUGAGGCAGAGGAAUGAGCAGCUUGAAAUGAUGGCCCAGGAGGCGAACAGCUUCAAGCACGAGCUCAAUCAAGCCAAAAUUAAGCUCAAGGCUUGCGAGUUCUACAAGCUUCUUUCGUUGAAUCAUGGCGAGCAGAACAUCGACGCGUCGCUAUCGAAAUAUAUAAAGAAUGGAGGAGUUGAUACGGAAAAAUUUUUCGAUCUCCUUAAAAGUCAGAAUAAGAAGCUGAACACGAAGGCGAAAGAAGCGGUUCGAGAAGCGGACAAGCUUCGCGCUGAAAUUCGGCCGCUGAAAAAUGAAAUUAAGGAGAAAGAUAAUGUGAUUGCGGCGCUGAAGAAGGAGAUUGAGGACCUUCGAGAAGCCGCGAACGUCAACACGCCGGUGAAUAAAAGACUGCGAUCGAUUCUGAUGGAAGGCGAUACUCGUAAGAGGCCUUCUUUGGGAUUUGAGACGACGAAUCCAUUGAUGAACAAUGAUUUGACGUUUCUUGAGGAGAACAAAACAGAAGCUUCGACGUCUUCAGAACAGCCUUCUACCUCCUUUCCUUCGGUUUUCGACUUUGAUGAGGAUGAAUCGAAUGUGUUUAAGAUUCUUAAGAAAAGGCGAGAAGCAUUGGCUGGAGAAACGUCGAUGGCGGCGGCGAUUCCGAGUAUUGAUGACUCUUUUGACUUUUCCUUUGAUGUUCCAGUGCCGCCUAAAAUCAUGAAGCGAGUACCGAUUCCGAAGAAAGUGCUUCAACCGAUUAGCAACCCGAAUUUUGAUCUUGAUUCUCCAUCAUCGAUUGCGCCGAGACCUAUAAAGAAUCCGUUGAAACGCACGCUAUCUCAAGACGACAAGGCGAAAAAGAAACCUGCUGUGAAAUCGGCGCGUCUUUCAUCGUUCUUCAACCGAAUGCUGUCGAGCCCGGAGCUUGUGACGAUCGAUGAUUGA